AUGGGUAAACGUGGUCGUAAACCAAUGAAAAGUGACACAAAUACACGAUUAGAAAAAAGUCGUGAAAGUGCUCGACAAUGUCGUCAUCGAAAAAAACUUCGUUAUGAAUAUUUAGAAGAACUUGUUAGUGAUAGAGAAAAAGCAAUUGUACAAUUACAACAAGAAUUAGAACGUCUACGAUCAAUUUCUAAACAAAUCGAUCAACAUGGUAUGACUAAUGAAAUACAUCAAGAGUUAAUACAAUGGAAAAAUGAUCCUGAUAUAACAAAUUUAAAUCACUAA